UAAACUUAGUUACCUGAUUAUAAGUUAAAAAUUAUUUGCAUAUUACAAAUUUUGGACAACGGUCUAAUAUUGUAAUAGUUUUUGCAAUUAAUUUGUGGAAUAAAAUGAAAUCCUAUUAAUUGUCUUAUUUUGUAAAGAAUUAUUAUUUUACCAAUGUAUAUAAGAGUCUCAUUUAAAUUGCUAAUAUGGGCUCGAUUGCAUCAGUCCUUCAAUGGCAUUGCAAUUCUUGUUCACUUAUAAAUCCUACAGAUCGUGCUUCAUGUAUUAGAUGUAAAGUUCAUAGAAGUACUACCUAUAGUGAAAAAACGAUUGAUUUUAAAACAAAAACAAUUCAUGGAUGUCGUACACCUUAUGUUACGGAUAUUCUUUGUUCAGAGACUGAAAAUGCUGUUAGAACAUUAAAACUAGAUGAUGCUGAUACUAUUAGUAUUGAUAGAAAAAAAUAUUUAGUUAAUUUACAAUUCAAGACUGUUGAACUAGAACGUAGAAAAUCUUGGAAUGGUUUUGAAGCAAGUCCUAAAGAGUCACAAAAUUUUUCUAAAAGUUCUAUACUUUUAAAUUUAGGCAAUAAAUCAUGGCUUUGUCAAAAUUGCCGAACUCGAAAUACCAUUGUAAAGCAAUGUCAAAAUUGUGAUUCUUUUAGGAAUAUGGAACAUCAUCCUCAUGAUGCUGCUGUAAAUAUACCUUUUGAUUUUGACCAAGAACCCAAAGUUACGAGCACUUGGAAUUGUGAAAAAUGUUCAUUUACCUUAAAUCCAUUUUGGUCAGAUUCAUGUGAAUCAUGUGGAUGGAAUGCUAUUACAAUGAUGCGAGAUUGUGUGAGAUAUACACCACCUAAAAAAAAAUGGCCUUGCAAACGUUGCACACUACUUAAUGACGCACAUACUUUUGUUUGUAAUGCUUGUGGUGGGUCAAAAGCUAAAAGCUUAAGUCCAAAUUACAGUACGUUAAGAGAAUUUUGGGUUUGUGAUAAAUGCACUUUAAAAAAUAGAUUAACUGCUAUGGUAUGUAAAGCCUGUAAAACUAGCAAAAGAGCUACUAAGAAAAGACGUUCAGAUACUCAAUGUCCAUCUUGUACUUUUGAUAAUGAACCAAACUCUAAACGUUGUACAAUAUGUCAAAAAAACCUAGAACCAGAAUAUUAUUCAUCCAUAUUACUAUCAAAUCAUUCUAAAAAACAAAGUGAACUUAUGGAAGAUUUAAGAAAAAUUGAAGAACAAAAUGCACGUGAAAAAUGGAAUGAUAUAGUUAUUUUUUGUUUACAAAAUAAUGAGGAAUUUAUUGAUGAUGUCUUUCCUCCUACAUCAAAAUCUUUAUACUAUAGUGAAAGAAAUGAAAAUUGUCGAGUAACUCAAUGGUUACGACCAAAAUCAAUUGUUAGUUCAGAAGGAGAUAAUGAAUUAUCUUGGACUGUUUUUAAAAAACCAGAACCUUCAGACAUUAUUCAAGGUGUUUUGGGAAACUGCUGGUUACUUAGUGCUUUAACAGUUUUGGCAGAAAGAGAUGAUUUAGUUAAACAUGUCAUGGUUACCAAAGAUUAUUGUGAACAAGGAGCAUAUCAAGUUCGACUUUGUAAAGAUGGUAAAUGGACUACUGUUCUUGUUGAUGAUUUAUUACCUUGUGAUCAUAGAGGACACCUUGUUUAUAGUCAGGCAAAGCGUAAACAGUUAUGGGUUCCUUUAAUUGAAAAAGCAAUUGCUAAAUUAUAUGGUUGUUAUGAAGCACUUGUUUCUGGUAGAGCAAUAGAAGGUCUUGCUACAUUAACCGGAUCACCAUGUGAAAGUAUUCCUUUACAAUCAUCUUCAGUUCCAACAGAGGAUGAAUUAGAUCGUGAUCUUAUAUGGGCACAGUUGUUAAGUUCCCGUCUUGCUGGAUUUUUAAUGGGUGCCUCUUGUGGUGGCGGUAACAUGAAAGUCGAUGAAGAUGCAUAUCAGAAUGUAGGUUUAAGACCUCGACAUGCCUACUCUGUGUUAGAUGUGAAAGAUAUUGAUGGGAAAAGACUAUUAAAAUUAAGAAAUCCUUGGGGACACUUUUCGUGGAAUGGUGAUUGGUCAGAUGACUCAGAUAUAUGGACUAUUGACUUAAAAACAAUGUUAAUGCCUGAUGGGUGUUGUGAAGGUGUAUUUUGGAUAUCUUUCACUGACGUUUUAAAGUACUUUGAUUGUAUUGAUAUUUGUAAAGUGAGAAAUAAUUUAUGGAAUGAGGUCAGAUUAAAAGGAUAUUUGCCGCCCUUAUCAUCUACCGAACACUUAUCUUGUGUUAUAAUUACAGUUUCUGAACCAACCGAAGCAGAAUUUACUCUUUUUCAAGAAGGACAAAGAAAAUCUGAAAAAUGUAAUAGAAGUCAACUUGAUUUGUGUGUAGCUGUAAUGAGAAGUAGGGAUGUUACAUCAGAACGAACAGUUAGUAUAGGGCGUCUUGUAGAACAUAGUAAACGUCAAGUUCGAGGUUUUGUAAGCUCCCAUAAAAUGUUGGAGCCAGAUGUAUAUGUUGUUGUUUGCUUAGCCUUUAAUCAUUGGCAUACAGAUCUGAUUGAUCCAUCAUCUUAUCCAGAAUUUGUAUUAGCUAUUCAUAGCUCUAAACGGUUAUUGGUUGAACAAGUAUCCCCUCCAUCAUUUGUUUUAGCAGAUACUAUUAUAAACCUCACUUUAGCAAAGGGACAAAGACACGAAGGCAGAGAAGGAAUGACUGCUUAUUACUUAACUAAAGGUUGGGCUGGACUUGUUGUAGUUAUUGAAAAUCGGCAUACUAAUAAAUGGAUACAUGUAAAAUGUGAUUGUCAAGAAAGUUAUAAUGUUAUGUCUACUAGAGGUUUACUUAAAACAAUUGACUCAGUACCACCUCUUCACAGGCAAGUUGUAAUUGUGUUAACUCAACUAGAAGGAAGUGGUGGAUUUUCAAUUGCACAUAAGUUAACACAUAGAUUAGCUAACCAACCUGGACUUCAUGAUUGGGGGCCAUCUGGAUAUUCUCAUUUACCACACAUUCAAAAGUCAAUUGAAGGUCUCCAUUCCCCUAGACUGAUUACUUAAUACUAUAAAAUUUUAUGUUUCUGUGAUUUUCUUUCUAUUUAAUUUUUAAUUAUCUAAGAACAAAGUAUACUUUCCUAUUUAGAAUUAAAUUGUUAUUAUUGAUUAAAAUGAUAAUAAAUCAAUUAUAAAGAUA